AUGAUCCCACCCUCCCCCACGGCCCCCAGUGGCUGGCCACGCCCACCGCGGCCGCCGAUACCACGCCUCCCCGCGUUCGAGCGAUUGGCCACGCCCACCGCGGCCGCCGACACCACGCCUCCCGCGUUCGGAGCGAUUGGCCACGCCCACCGCGACCGCCAUCUUGAGUCCGGGCAGCCCCUCCUCUCCAGUCCUGCUGCUGCUCAGGCCCCUAAACCCCUCUUUGCAGGCGGCAAGUACGUCCGCUAUCAGAACCUCCACUCCUUUGACCCCUUUGCUGAUACAAGGCAGGAGGAUGAUCUGCUUCCCACUGGAGCUGAGUAUUAUAUCCAUACUAGAGAUAGGAUACGAAUUCAACAGAGAAAUGGCAUAUCCCUUUCCACUGUCCAAGGGAUCGCUGGUGAUUACGAUAAAAUGAAACUAGUGAAGGCCUUUAAGAUGAAAUUAGCCUGGAAUGGUACUGCCAUUGAGCAUCCAGAAUAUGGAGAAGUAAUUCAGCUGCAGGGUGACCAGCGCAAGAACAUAUACCUGUUCCUCGUAGAGACCGGACUGGCUAAGGACGACCAGCUGAAGGUUCAUUCGUUUUAA